GAGGUACUAAAAUGAAUCUUUAUUUUAUUACAAUUGAAAAGGAUAUGAGAAAAAUAUAAUUGCAGUCGUUUUGUAUGUGGGGGAUCAACAUCAACAAUGGAAGAUGAAUCGGAGAAGGUAGAGAUCAUCCUCAAAACCAUCGGUCCAGCUCCACCUUCUCGUCUUCGAGUUCCCUCUUUCAUCAAGGUGUGUGAUUUGAGAAGAUUAAUUGCAAGUAAUGGUCAUUUACCCAUUGACAACUUGAGUCUUAUUCUACGCGGAACUGCGUUAUGUGACAUCAAAAAUGGAGAUGAUGUGCGCAUACAACUAAAUGACGGAGAUAGUUUGAUUGUUGCGGUCAAACCAAAGCCACCAGUGAAGGAUGGGCACGAAAACGAUGACGACGAUGAAGAUUUGAAGUUUCAGCUUCCCCCGUCAUCAAGCCGGUGGAAAAAAAGGCUAUACUCUUUUCUACAUGAUAAGUUGAAAUUUCCAGAUAUCAUUUUGAUGCUAAUUUUCACUCUGAGUCUGAAGGCAUGGAUUCUCAUAACUAUGUGGUUUAUUCUGGCCCCUGUUGCCCAUAGAUGGGAUCUCGGACCUUUGUAUAUACUUGCAACUGGCUUUUGUCUCAUCCUCUUCAAUCUUGGAAAGCGCAAAGCUGGUGACACCAGUGCAUACUCUAUCUUCAACGAAGACUUCAGAGAGCUUCCAGGGACGCUUAACGCAGAUCGGUUUGAUAGAGAUAUAAGAGCGGGACAGUUUUGAGCCUUAUCCUUCUCAUCAUCCCAAACACUGACGUGGUCUCACAUGAUGUAUAUUUGCCCAAUCACAAGGAGCUCUAGACUAUCUAAAGAAAGAGUUUGCUAGUACAGUAACUUUUCGGCAAUGUUGUAUUUUAGCCCAACCUAGAAAUCAAUGAAGUGACAUGUUUUCUGUUUAGUUUUGACUUUUCUUCUACUAAACCUAUGCCUGUUCUGUAUGUAUAUUACAGUACCAAUAUAUUGACAUGUUCUGGACUAA